CUUUAAAGGGAUCCAUCCAGCCAUCCACCCCGCCCUCACCUCCGCUAAUCUAAUCUAAUCUAAUCUAAUCGAUACAAACACACAACUUCGAGCAAAUUAAAGCACACGAGGGUCGUCUACCAAAUGGUUUCGAGGGAGCACAAGAGAGCCGAAGCAAAGCUUCGCGAUAAGUUGCAGAUUCUUCAAUCGGUUACUCACUCUCGCGCCAUAAAUGACAGCUCAAUUGUAAUGGAUGCCUCAAAUUACAUAAGAGAGCUGAAACAAAAAAUAGAAAGAUUGAAGCAGGAAAUUGCCACUUCAGAAAGCUCCUCCUCAUCAUCAUCAUCAGUCCAUCAAAACAAUAUGUGGCCUAGAGUGAGUGUAGAAACCCUAGAAAAUGGUGGGGGCUUUCAAGUGAACAUAAGGUGUGGUGCAGAGAGGAGCUGCCCGGGAUUGUUGAUGUCGAUACUAGCGACAUUCGAAGAGCUGGGCCUCAAUGUUCUUGAAGCUAGGGUUUCAUGUGCCCACACUUUCCAUUUACAAGCCAUUGGUGGUGCUGGUGGUGGACCAAAUCAUAAUGAGGACGACGAAGAAAGCAUCAUUGAUGCGCAGAUGGUGAAACAAGCAAUUUGGGAUACGAUCAAGAAUUGGAGCGAAAGCAUCGAUGAUGAAUGAGACUCGAGUCGAUCAUAUAUAUAUGUUUUUGUUUUUUUAAUUUAUUAUUUUAGUAUAUUGAUUGGAAAAUGGUGAAGGGAAUUAAUAUGGGAAUCAUAUCCUUUAAAUAAUUAUGAGAUGGUGAUCAAAGAUCACUUGUAGUUUUGAUCA